GCUGAAUAUCCUUAGUAGUUACAGUCUCAAAUAAAGUAGAAGAAGAGCACGUUUUUUGAGGUUACAAAUAUGUAAAUAAAAGCAUUUCAUAUUUUCUGGAUUAAGUACAAAUAGUUAAUAUAUAUUUACUAAAAAGUAUGGAAGAAAUGGAGACAAAUAAUUAUUUUGAAAGUUACGAAGACCUAGAGAUUCAUAAAUUAAUGCUGGAGGAUUCCGCUCGAAAUUUAGCUUACAAAGAUGCCAUAUUUAACAACAAACAAGAAUUCCUUGGCAAGACAGUGCUCGAUGUUGGAGCUGGUACUGGAAUACUAUCAGUCUUCUGCGCUCAGGCGGGAGCUAAAACCGUUUACGCAGUCGAAGCUAGUGAUACUUAUAAAAUAGCCGAAGAAGUAGCCAAAGAGAAUAAAUUCGGUGACGUUAUAAAAGUUAUCCAUUCGAAAGUAGAAAACGUUACUUUACCCGAAAAAGUUGAUAUAAUCGUAUCCGAAUGGAUGGGGUUUUAUUUGCUUCACGAAGGUAUGCUAGAUUCCGUCAUCGCGGCCAGAGACAAAUUCUUAAAAGUUGGCGGUUUAAUGUUCCCUGAAUCAGCUACGUUAUUUGCAACACCCUGUAGUGUACCUUCGAUGUACUCGUUUUGGGAGGACGUAAACGGCGUCUCGAUGACCCACGUCGGCCCCAAAUUGCGCGCAAAAACCUGCCAGAAACCCGUUUGCGAACGGACGCAUCCAGACUGUCUUCUCUCCGACGCCGAUAACGUACUCUGGCUGGAUUUGAGGGAAGUCACCAUGGAGGAAUUGAACAAAAUCGAAGUCAGGCACUUGGCUGUAGCGAACAAAAAGGGAAGAUACGAAGGUAUAUGCCUGUGGUUUUCGUGCACCUUCCCAUCCACCACCGUCGAACCUGUGACGCUUUCCACUGAACCGGACGAGCCGUUGACCCAUUGGAAGCAGACCACCAUCGUGUUGCCGUCUAGCUUAGAAGUGGAAGAAGGUUCUCCCAUAGCGUACGAUUUGCUUCUGAAGCGAUCUGAUGAGAACGCUCGACGGUACAUCAUAGAGGUCACUAUGCUGGAUCCCUCCGAAGUGGAACACCCCGAGUAUUGCCUUUGCCAUUUGACUAAGUGCAUUUUAGUGAGAGCCGUGCUCGAUAAAUACGAAAAGGGCGAUAUGGAAUGUGCUGAGAAUAAAUAAUGUUUAGUAAU